AUUAAGACAAAGGCUUCAAUUCGAUCGGAUUCCUCUCCCUCCUCCGCCAUGGCGUUAGCUUCUCCCUCCCCACCGUCUCUCUCCAUUCCUCGCUCCAAUGCCUUCUCCUCCCUCACCUCCUCCCAUUCCCUCAGUCUCCCAACCAUCCCUCGCCGAUCCGUGUCGAUCUAUACGGAGAAGAAGGCAUCCCCAGCGGCCAUUGAGACCCGAAGCAUCGGAUCUCGGCCUACGCGAACUUGGGGGAGGGAAAGAAGCAGAUGCGAUGGAAUCGUGCGAUGUAGCGCUGGAUUGGAGAGGAUCGGGAGAGGAAUGGCGAGAGAAAGAGCAGAGGAGGCGUUGGGGAUUCCGGAGAGGGUGAAAGUAGUGGCGUUGGUGGCGUUUGUGAUGUCUCUCUGCAACGCCGAUCGCGUCGUCAUGUCCGUCGCCGUCGUCCCCCUCGCUGCCAAGUAUGGCUUUCUAACACUCAACUUAUUGAAUUUGAUUCAGUCGUCAUUCCUAUGGGGUUACCUCGCAUCCUCACUCGCCGGCGGCAUCCUCGCCGACAGAUACGGCGGAAAGAGAGUAAUGGCCUACGGCGUCGCCAUCUGGUCUUUGGCAACUCUCCUAACUCCAUACGCGGCGGAACACUCAACGGCAAUGCUACUAGCCACGCGCACGCUCUUCGGCUUAGCGGAGGGCGUCGCCUUGCCCUCCAUGAACACGCUGCUGUCGAGGUGGUUUCCGGGGCACGAGCGGGCGAGCGCGGUGGGGAUCUCUAUGGCGGGGUUUCACCUCGGGAACGUUAUGGGCUUUCUGGCGACGCCGGUGUUGGCGGCAAAGGUGGGGAUUAAUGGAUCGUUUGGGUUUUUUGGAUUGAUGGGUUUUUUGUGGCUUUCGAUGUGGGCGGUGGGAGUUACGAAUGAUCCGAGGGAGAGCGGGGUGAUUUCCAUUGAGGAGUUGAGGUUGAUCGAGAAGGGGAAGGGGGUUGAGAACAGGGAGGAAGGUGGGAGGCAUGAGUUUCCGCCGCUGGGGUAUUUGCUUUCGAAGUUGCCGACAUGGGCGAUUGUUCUGGCUAACGUUGCUAAUAACUGGGGCUACUUUGUGCUGCUAUCAUGGAUGCCGGUGUACUUCAAGACUGUGUAUGAUGUGAAUCUGAAACAAGCUGCUUGGUUCAGUGCACUUCCAUGGGGAGUUAUGGCCCUCUCCGGCUACUUAGCCGGCGCCGCUUCUGACUUCUUAAUCAAGUCCGGUCAAUCUGUCACACUGGUUCGAAAAAUAAUGCAGUCAAUUGGCUUCAUAGGUCCUGGAGUUGCCUUACUCUGCUUGAAAUACGCUCAAAGCCCUACAGUGGCUGCAGUUCUUAUGACCAUAGCUCUAAGCUUGAGCUCUUUCAGCCAGGCUGGUUUCCUUCUCAACAUGCAGGACAUAGCACCCAAGUACGCUGGAUUCCUACAUGGGAUCACAAACUCAGCUGGUACAUUGGCUGCCAUAAUCAGCACCAUAGGUACUGGCUAUUUUGUAGAAUUUUUGGGAUCUUUCCAAGCUUUUCUUACACUUACAUCAAUUAUCUACUUCAUCGCCACCAUCUUUUGGAAUCGUUAUGCAACUGCAGAGCAAGUUUUCUUUUGAAUUAUUGUUUUCUGGAGUGUAAUAUGGAGUAAUUUAAAUGGGAGGGAAUUUAGAUCAGAGAUCCCUAUUUUUUUA